AUGCGGUGGCCCCUUCUGCUGUUGUCACUACUGGCCCUCCGCGCAUGCGCCUCCGAGGUCGAGCUCGACGAGGAAGAGGGAGCACGAGAAGACUGGAUCGACCCGAACGAUCCGACAUUCCAUCUCAAAAUCUCGUCCCCGGGCUCGGCGUUACAGGCCAGUUGUGAGGCGACGAGCCCCGUCGAGCCGACCCUGAAACUGAUCUUGAGAAGCCUUUUCCGACAGAUGCAUGUGGCGCCAGCACAAAAGGUUGGCUUCUAUCGGGUUGUCUCAGCGCAGCUCAGCGACUACGAUGUGGCGGUAAUCGAUGAAUAUUUGGAAGCACCCAUCAGCACGCCAGUGCAACGAGACAAUGUCCGCAAUAUCAUCGCCAACAUCUUCCAAAUCGUCGACCUUGGACUCGAUAGCCCAUCGAAAUGGCAAAUAUUCAUCCGAAUGUUCGAGCCAUGGCUCGCUCCGCUGAACUUGCUCGUUGCCCUGCUGGCCUUCGUGUUCUUCCUGACGCGAUUGUUCUCACGCGGAAGUCUACUGAAAAUUCUGUUGCUCAUAAUCUUCGUUGUCUCGCUGUUCACCUCCUACAAUCGAAUGUAUCAAGAGAAGAUGGCCGAGCGGAUUGCGGAGUCGAUGAAACGUGACGACGCUUGCAAGCCACAAGGUCUCUUCACCAGCACGCUGUCGUACUUGAAGAACAUCGUCCAGGUCCAACGGAAAAGCGAAUGCCUCAAAUUCAUCGAAGCCCAGACGGUAUCCGUGAUUUUCGAGAUAAGCCCGAUGGAUGUCCUCUUCGAUGUCAUUGGAAACAGCUUCUUUUCCCUGAUGGAGCACUUUGCGGCACGUCUCAAUAGAGCCACCCUCGCCCUCUUUGAUGGAUUACCUAUACACCUCCAAAUCGGACUGGGAAUUGGUGUGCCGGUGAUGUCCCUGAUUGUCUUCCUGUUCGGCGUCGUGCAGUACAGGAUUGGCUUCUUUGGUAUUAGGUUCGAGCCAGCCAAUGCUAACAACGGCGUGAUUGGGCAGAUUGGAAAUGCUGUCGGAAACGUCAUCGAAGCCCUCGAUCCGGCACGCCUUCGGCUACCCAUCGCUACAUGCACCUGUUCUGCGAGGACAGCUGAUUGUGUGGUGCACAGUUUCGAAUGUGGUGCCUUCCCACAGAUUGAUCUGAAUCGAGGAAAGCCACCAGCGCUGCCAAAACAAGACGUCAAUUUACGGCGUCCCGAUGGGCUUUGGGCAAACGCUCCGACGACCGAUGGCGUCGACCCAUCUUCACCCGAAGAGCAGAUGCGCAACAUCAACCAAAGCAUAGAACGCUUUCUCUCCGUUGGCGACAACGUGACUGCGCUGUAUUGGAUCGACGUCCAAUUCGCGACACAACGGCAAGACGGAGAAUCGUAUGUCUACAUGGCGCAGUACGUACAGAAUCUAUCCCGUGUCGGCGCAUGGGAGCGAGUGAUUACAUUCACAGAAGAGCGUCUACUCCAUGAAACCCAUCUACUCUUCGCUUACUUCUACAUUUCGGCAUUAUCAAACUUGAAGCUCUUUUCCACAAUAAUGAACGCGAAAAUUGGGCAUUUGAUCGAACUCGAAGCCGAAGAUCUGAAUUUCGAAAAGGAAUCGCCAAUCCCGCUACGUUUCCCGGUGAUAGCGCCCUAUAUGCAACGGACGGACAUUCGCGAGUUGACUGCAGAAGAAAAAACCUAUCUGGACGAGAAGUCGAAAGAGUUGCGGCUGCUUUCCGCGUUCCUCUGCCGCCUCGGAAAGGCGUUCCUCGCUGUCGAAAAUCGCACGGCAGCUCUGCGCUUCAUUUGGACAGCCUGGUUGCGCGACAAGUACAACAUGGAAGCCGAGGAGCUCAUCAACCGCUACAAUUUUGCAGAGGGCAAGAAACGCCAGCAGCAGUGGGAGAAAUUUAUCAAUCGUCGCACAUACCACUCUCCUCCGAACGAUCCGCGAUCUCUAUUCGUCCAAGCGCAGCAGCAGUUUGCAAACAACAACGUGAAGGCCGCCUACAACUACACGAAACUGAUCAUGAACCACUAUGGAAUUUAUAAGCCGGCUUUGUUGAUUCACGUGAACUGCGCGGUGUCGCUGAAGGACACCAAAACACUUUUCACGCUGGCACACGAUCUGGUUGAUCGCAGCCCCCACGAUGAGAUUUCCUGGUAUACGGUGGCCCUCUAUUACUUUGUGAUCGGCAACAAUGCGACGGCCAAGAAUUUUAUGAAUAAAACGACGAUGAUGAAUCGCGCUUUUGGAGAGGCGUGGGUCGCCUUUGGCCAUAUUCUAUCGGCCGAAAAUGAGCACGAGCAAGCGAUGAAUUGCUACUUGAAGGCUCUUCGUCUACUCGACCGGCAUCAAGAUCUAUUCGUUUUUCUGGCAAUGGAAUACUGCCGAACAAACAACGUUAAAUGGGCCAUGGAUUUCUUGAAGGACCCACAACUUUACCCACAGGGUGCCGAAGGAGCAAAACCAAGCCCGUACCGGGAACACGAACGCGGUUGUGUCCACUAUACCCAGAAACAAUGGAGUCCUGCCUUGAGCUCCUUCACGCGUGCCCUUCGCACGAUAAACCCAGAAGCUAUCGAAAAGAAUGGGAAAUAUGUCAAGGAUCAAAUAAUGCAAAUCGACACCUUCUGGGAGCCGUUGAUCAGCAAUAUGGCCCAUGUGCAGCGACGCAUCGGCAAUUACGAUCAGGCGCUGAUUUUGUAUGAGUGUGCCAGCCUUCUCCACUCGGAACGGGAACAAACGGUGAUCGGACACGGAUUGGCGUUGGCCUCAAUGGGCGAUCUCGAUUCAGCUCUCCACAAGAUUCACCGCGCCCUGUCUAUCAAUCCCUACAAUAUUGCAAGUUAUUGCUUAUUUUUC